AUAGAAGCUAUAAGUCAGAAUCUAGGGAAAAGAAGAUGGAAACCACCACACGCAAUAAACACAAUACUAAUGCUUUUCAAGAAUCUCCUCAUCAUCAACAAGAUUUUAGCAUCAGCUCCCUAUCUGGUGGUGCUGGUGUACAUACUCCAGAUAGAAUUAUGCAAGUGGGUUUCACUUCAGCUUCCUCUUCCAGGAAGAGAAAAAAACCCGCCGCCGACGUAAUCCAAGUCCGCAGCGGCGGCGGCGGAGGCAGAAAAGACAAGCACAGCAAAGUGUGCACGGCGAGUGGGACGACGAGGGACAGGCGGUUAAGGCUGUCGCCGAAGACCGCGAUACAGUUCUACGAUGUGCAGGAUAGGCUGGGCUACGACAGGCCAAGUAAGGCCGUUGAUUGGCUUAUGAAUGAGGCUAAAUCCGCCAUUGAUGCACUGCUGCUUCACCCUCCUCCUCCUCCUCCGCCAGUACCGCUGCCGCCGCCUCAUGAUAUAUACGACAACCCCGUUUAUAGUUUCGAUUGCUUUCCGCCUUUGUCUUCUUCUUCUUGUUGUUCUGAGUUUCAGGUUCUCCCCAUUGUUGAUGAAACUCGAGAAGAAGAUUCGGUACUUGAACACAUAUAUCAUCAUCACCAGGCAUUUUACACGUGGAAUCAUAAUAAUUCAAGAUCUCAAAUUUCAGACAGAGAGACGAUGUUUAGUACUCAAAGGGAACCCCUUCAGUCCAUUCAUAAUUACCCUAUAAUUACUCCUAAUUAUUCUCCGCCAUUUCCAGGUAUUUUUAAUAAUAAUUCCUCAAACUCAAUUCAGGAGCUGCUGCAUAUGCCUAAUUCUUUUCUGCAUUUUCAAGAUUAAGAACAAACUAUUUUCUUUAAUUAUUUUCUGUUAUGUUUUGAUGCAUGGUGUUGUUUUGAUUGGAUUUCUACGUUUUGUUUGUAAUAAAUAAUAAAUAAUCCGAGUAACCAGGAUUAAGGUUUUU